CCCACCCCUGCCGCCCGACGUCGAAACGCCAGGUAAGAAAACGCUCGCAUGAACAUACCCAUCGGUCGUUGACAUGUAGGCACUUGUGGAAUCCAACGUCCCAAUCUAUUUUUAUGCGCCUUCCUACUUCAAGGGCCCCCUUCUUCCGUCCCCCUUAGGGGGCGGGCGGAACCCAAUCUAUUUUCAACGCGUUCCAAUUUCAUGUUUUGACGUACUUCUGCCGACCGAUGGGUGUACUUUCUGAGGUCUUCGCUGAUUUCUUGGACUUGAACUGGGUCUCCGUGGCGGCGCUUCCUGCGCGGCCCCUCGCGCGCUCCACUCGCCAGGGAGGUGGUCCAUCGCAGAUCCAAAACGUCCGCGCGGAGCUACGAUGGUUCAGGCUCAUGCAGUUUGUUUUCUUGUUUUCUUAGACGCCGAUGGCGUGUCUUCCAACGGUCACCGACUUGCUUUCGGCCGCGUCUGCACCACGGUCCUGGCCUACCUCCAGUCGGGCUGCCCCAAGACCCUCCCUGACGCCCCAAGGGGGCCGCAGGGAGGCACGCCGGGCUGGUCGAUCAUCGGGUCUACAGAGGGAGGCACGCCGCGCUGGUCGAUCCCUCCUGCCCGUGGCACUGCACAUCGCCCGCAGGUGUGGUUUGCUUCCGGGCGCCGGACCGCAACAAAGGAGGUGUGGGGCCUGGUGAAGAUCUCGGAGGAUGCCCAGGGCACGUUCAUCAUUGUGCCGCUGGAAGACUGCCACGUCGUCGGCCUCUCGAAGGAGUUCAUCGACAGCCUAGCGGAGCGUGUGUCUGCGCUAGUGGCCAAGCGGCGCUAGGACGUAGUCAUGAGCGACGCGCCGGGCAACCGGGGCAACCGUGGGAACACCACCAGCAUCUACGUCACUGGGCGACGAGCUGCGGGUGCAGCUAGUGGGUGUCGUGCAGUGAAGCGCAGGCGCUGUGUGCCGCCUCUGCCGCCGUCUUCCCCCUCCUCCUCCUCCUCCUCCUCCUCCUCUUCCUCUGUGGGCCCCGAUCGGCUGGAGGCUGUGUAUCCCAUUUUUGGAGCCCCCUUAAUUCGUUCUGAUCGCUCGCCAUUUAGAGUUCUGAAUUCGUUCGGGGUGGUCUCGUGGAAUACGCAAGCUCUGUUAGGUAGUAUUUGGGCCAAUCAUAGGCGUCAGAGUCAGAAGUAUAGCAAGUUCCGAUCUUUG